UUCCUGGAAUUUUAUCAGGGACUGGAUAUACUUGGAGGAUUGCGGUUCUUCCCGGGCUCCCUUAACUCCCACCAUUCCAACGGCCAUGGCUUCAAUUCAUAGCUUCCCCAAAGCACUUAUUGAUGACACUCUCCUCUACCCUCCACCCAUCGAGACAGCAGCAGCAGCAGCAGCACACAAGAAGCUAUUGCAACAGCCGAGUCCUAAUGUCCUUCCACUGCUCAUAUCAAGAAGAGAUGCUCUUCUGAUCUCUGUUCUGCCCUUCAACUUGGCUGCACUCUCCCUUCCCUCGCAGGCCAGAGAGAGGAGGGGCAGGAAGGCCAUCUCUCCUGAGGAGUACAUGACUAGCCCUGAUGGAUUGAAGUAUUAUGAUAUUACUGAAGGAAAGGGCCCAAAAGCUGAGAAAGGUUCAACAGUGCAGGUACAUUUUGAUUGCUUAUAUCGUGGCAUUACAGCUGUGUCAAGUCGUGAAUCUAAGCUUUUAGCUGGAAACCGCAGUAUUGCACAGCCUUAUGAAUUCACUGUUGGGUCACCACCAGGCAAAGAAAGGAAGCGUGAAUUUGUGGACAAUGCAAAUGGCCUUUAUUCAGCCCAGGCUGCGCCAAAACCCCCACCAGCAAUGUACUCAAUAACAGAAGGGAUGAAAGUAGGAGGAAAGAGAGUAGUAAUAGUUCCUCCAGAGGCUGGCUAUGGAAAAAAGGGAAUGAAUGAAAUACCGCCAGGGGCUACCUUUGAACUGGAUGUGGAGCUUUUGCGAGUAAUGCCUCCAAAUGGAAAGUAAUCCUUCCAUUUUGGGGAGAACCAUGUGGUUUUGAUGUUUUCCUUUUUCCAUGCUUACUCCAGUGUUUUUUUUCCUUUAAAGAGAAGAAAGAAAUUGGAAUUCUGUUCUUUAUCAACAUUUUCUUUGACAACAGAAAAGGUGCUUAGAUUCUCUUCACAAUCUUGUGAACAGUAUGCUGUACUUUUACAAAUCCAGUGAAUGGUUCUUUUUUUCCUAAAGAAGCAGCAUCUAUAGUAUUACAGUGAUGCA